AUGGCGUCUGAAAAAUACCUGCUCGUUCGCACCCACAGUGGUCCCACGCUACAACACUGGUUUAAAAUCUCUGGCCCCCGCCCCCGUCUCACUCUGGCCCCGCCCCGUCUCACUCUGGCCCCGCCCCGUCUCACUCUGGCCCCGCCCCGUCUCACUCUGGCCCCGCCCCCGUCUCACUCUGGCCCCGCCCCCGUCUCACUCUGGCCCCGCCCCCGUCUCACUCUGGCCCCGCCCCCGUCUCACUCUGGCCCCGCCCCCGUCUCACUCUGGCCCCGCCCCCGUCUCACUCUGGCCCCGCCCCCGUCUCACUCUGGCCCCGCCCCCGUCUCACUCUGGCCCCGCCCCCGUCUCACUCUGGCCCCGCCCCCGUCUCACUCUGGCCCCGCCCCCGUCUCACUCUGGCCCCGCCCCGUCUCACUCUGGCCCCGCCUCACUCUGGCCCCGCCCCGUCUCACUCUGGCCCCGCCCCGUCUCACUCUGGCCCCGCCCCGUCUCACUCUGGCCCCGCCCCGUCUCACUCUGGCCCCGUCUCUGCACCGGGAUUAG